AAAGCUGUACUGGUUGGGAGCAUUUGCUGCAUUCUGGUAUCUAUGUUUGGGCAAAUUACCAGUCAACACAGGUAAAACUCAAGACCAUGAUGAGCACCAUCACUUCGCCCACCUAACAGAAAAGAUCUCUUAAACAUUUCAGAAGUGCAGCACAUGGAACUUAGUAAAAGUAUCUGUAUUUUCUGUAUCAUCCAUGAAAACCCGAUGCGUCACUGGGUACUCAAAGAAUCGUAUACCAAACACUGUGACAAAGCAGAGCACCAUAAUACUAAAAACAAUGGUCAGAUAAAAAAUGACACGUGGACACAGAUGAGGAAAAUGUACAAAUAUGUCUCUGGAAAGCACAGCAACAGCCACAACUGGUUCUUUCUUGCACAUCCCACCAUAUUUGCUGUCACUGAAAACUCAAGAUAUAUUCAGUUUACUAAGGAUGUAUCUCAGCCCUUCUGUCUGGGCCACACUGUGACAUCUGGUAACCUUGAUUUCAUGACAGUAGAAGGAGGAGCUGCUUUAACUAUGGAGGCUAUGAAAAGAAUUACAGACUUCUGAAUAAGUCUGCAUGCAUGCCCCGAAAAAUAUGCAAAUCAAAGUGUGAUUUGGAACUUAUCAGAAGAUAGGCAGUUAGCAGUCUGCCUGAAAUAUGCAGGAGUUCCUGCAGAAAGAGAGGAUUCCAAAGGAAGAAUUCUAUUUAACACAAAACCAACUACACAUCUUAUUCAAGAGACAGUGUCUCAUAACCCUGAGCAAGUAGUAGAAGGCUGCUGUUCAGAUACAGCUAUUACUUUUAAUGGACUGACUCCCGAAAAUAUGAUAGUAAUGACAUAUGGUGUGUACCAGCCCAGAGCAUUUGGACAUUAUUUUAGCAACACACUGAUUUUCUUGUCUCCAGAUGAUUCAGAAAAUCACAGAGGACUGGGGAAUAAUAGAACUGUGCUGUCCAAGAGCACUUGA